AUGGCAAAGUCAAAGUUAAGCAGAGAUCAAAUUUCUUCCCCCGCUGAACCAGUUCAACAAUGGAGGUAUGAUGUGUUUGUAAGUUAUAGAGGCGACGACACUGGUAAGAACUUCACGGACCACCUCUAUUCCAGACUUAACGAUGCCGGAAUCAAUACAUUCCGGGAUAAAAAUGAUGUGCAAAGAGGCGAAGAAAUCUCGCAGGAGCUUUUGAAAGCAAUUCGUGGAUCCAAUAUUUGCAUUAUUGUUUUCUCUAGAAAUUACGCGACUUCCAAAUGGUGUCUAGAUGAACUUGUGGAGAUAAUGAAAUGCUGGAAGCAACUUCGACGUCAAUGGGUGCUACCCGUAUUUUACAAAGUCAAACCAUCAGAGGUUGCGGAACAAACCGGUGAUUUUGAGAAAGCUUUUGUGAAACAUGAUGAUCAAAAGGUGGACAAAGACAAGGUGUCAAGAUGGAAGGCAGCUUUGACUGAGGCAGGGAAAUUAGCCGGCCGGUGGGAUUUAGAUGACACUGACGGGCAUGAAGGAGAAUUCAUCAAGAAAUUUGUCAAAUAUAUUUUGAGUGUAUUGAAUCACACAUACUUACAUGUAGCCACCCACCCCGUUGGAAUUGAUACUCGAUUGGAAUACAUGAAAAACAUGUUGAGUGUUGGAACUAAUGAUGUCCGUACGGUAGGGAUAUGUGGGAUGCGAGGAAUAGGUAAAACAACUAUUGCCAAAGCUGUUUAUAAUUAUUUCUUCUAUGCUUUUGAAUGCAAAAGUUUUCUUGCAAAUGUUAGAGAGAAUUUUAAGCAGCAUAAGAAUCAAAUUUGUUUGCAAGAGCAGCUUCUCUCUGAGAUACUAAAGACAGAAGUGAGAAAUGUGGGAAAUGUUGAUCGAGGAAUCGAGGUGAUAAAAAAGAGGCUAUGCAAUAGAAAGGUUCUUCUUGUACUUAGUGAUGUGGAUCAACUAGACCAACUAAUUGCAUUUAGUUGUCACUCGGAGAGUGCUAGAAAAGCUUGCUUUGGUCCGGGAAGUAGAAUUAUCAUAACAACGAGACACGAGCAUUUGCUAAAACAAAUUAAAGUAAAUGACAUAUAUAUGGCUGAGGAAUUGAAUGAAACUGAAUCUCUUGAGCUCUUUUGUUGGCAUGCCUUCGAGAGAAUUGAUCCGAAGGAAGGUUAUGCUCAUCUCUCAAAUGAUGUAGUACGUUACUCCAAAGGUUUUCCCUUAGUACUUGAAGUUUUGGGUUCAUGGCUGAGAGAGUUCGAAGGCAUAGCCGAAUGGGAAAGUACAUUGGAGAAAAUGAAAAAAACCCCUCAUGAUAAAAUUCAAGAGAAUCUUAAAAUAAGCUUUGAUGCACUGGAUUCUUAUGACAAAAAGAUAUUCCUUGACAUUGCUUGUUUCUUUAUUGGAAUGGAUAAAGACUAUGUCACAAAAGUACUAGAUGGCUGUGAUUUAUUCGCAACAAGCGGUAUUGGUGUCCUCAAUCGUAGGCACCUUGUAACAAUAAACGAAGGCAACAAGCUAAUGAUGCAUGAUCUGCUCAGAGACAUGGGAAGAGAAAUAGUUUGUCAAGAAUCUGCCAAUGACCUUGGACAACGUAGCAGAUUGUGGCACUAUGAGGAUGCUCUUGAUGUACUGACAAAUCGCACGGGAACAAACAAAAUUGAAGGCCUUGCCUUAAAUAUGGAUGGACCAAUAAAGGUAAGUUUUGGAGCUAAAGCAUUUAAGAAGAUGCACGAUCUAAGAUUGCUACAGCUCAAUAAUGUAAACAUCACUGGAGGUUAUGAAUGUCUUUCCGAAAAAUUGCGAUGGCUAUGCUGGCAUGGAUUUCCUCUGAAUUCUGUGCCAAGUAACUUCAGUCAAGAGAUGUUAGUGGCUAUUGACAUGAAGUAUAGUAAACUGAGACAAGUUUGGAAGGGUAACAAGGUUCUUGAAAAGUUGAAAAUCCUUGAUCUAAGUCAUUCUCAUUUCGUGACUAGAAUCACUACUCACUUUUCAACACUCCCAAACCUUGAGGAAUUGAUACUUGAAGAUUGUAGAAGUUUGAAAAUGAUUGACGAAUCCAUUGGAAGCCUAGACAAACUCGUAUUACUGAACCUGAAGGACUGUGCAAACCUUAGGAAUCUCCCAAGGAGCAUCGGCAUGUUGAAAUCUCUUGAAACUCUUGUGCUCUCUGGCUGCUUGAAAUUUGACGAAUUCCCGGAAGAGAUAGGGGAGAUCAAAUCAUUAACCGUGCUUCUUGCUGGGAGGACUGCUGUAAGACAAGUACCAGUUUCUAUAGUGAAUUUAAAGAACCUUCAAUAUUUAUCUCUAUCUCGCUACAAGGGAUCACCAUCAAAAUCAUUUCUUUCACUCUUUUCAUCAUGGGUAUCCCCAAAAAAAUCUCCUGAUCCCACUACUUUAUUGCCAAAUUCAUUGUUGGGGUUAACCUCUCUUACAAAAUUGUCCCUCAGCCACUGCAAUCUAUCCGAAGGUGCAAUACCUGAAGACAUUGGAAGUCUAUCCUCUUUACAAUAUUUGGCUUUGGGUGACAACAAUUUUUUCAGUCUACCAACUAGCAUCAGCAGACUUUCUAAGCUUGAAACCCUCCGUUUAGAACGGUGUACAAACCUUCGAUCAGUUCCUAAGCUUCCAUCAAGUCUGACCUUCUUUUCUGCUCCAAAUACAUCAUUGGAAAAAUUGCCGGAUCUAUCAAACUUCUCACACGCCCCAUUGAUACUUCUAUCCGAUAGCAGCAAACUAGCUGAAUUCCCAUUCACGGAGAACCUCCUACGGAGAUGGUAUGGAAGAUAUGGGGGUAAUGAAUUCGAUGAUGCUGUAUUCCCCUGGUCCGAAAUUCCUGAUUGGUUCAGAAAUCAGAGGAUGGGUAAUGUUUUGUCAUUUCAGGUGCCUCCAGCACAUGAUUUCGAAAUGGGAAGCAGAGGAUCAUCAGACUAUAUUGUUUAUGUUACAAAUGUAACCAAAGAUCUGUUUUUUACAUGUAUCCGUACUCCGGUUUAUACUGCAGCACCCACCCCAAAUGACCACCUAUCACUGGGCUAUGUACCCCUUCGAAGGUUUGAGGUGGAUAGCGGAGACGAAGUGGAAAUUGAAAUAGACACAUGUUGCGAGCUGAUUGUGAAGAAGUGUGGAGUCAUUCCCGUGUAUAUUGAAGAUAAGAAGCGUACCAAGAUGAACAUUGUGGGAAAAGUGAACCAGUUCAGCUCUUCGUCUUGUAAUGAUAGUGUCAUUGUUGUCGAUGAAGGACGCCAACAUGAAUGGAACAAGGGAAAAAGAAAACGCGAACACAAUGACGAGGCAGGACUCAGCCGUCUGGGAGAGAAGGGUAAAAGAAAAUGUUAUGAUGAAGCUGCAGGAUCAAGCCAUUACUGGUCUUACGAGGAGGACACUCUUUCCACAUAUGAGAUGGAGGUUUUUCCUCAAUCAUAUUCUAGGAGAUCUCAGUGGUUAAGAGAUCUUGAUGAAGACAAAGAUGGAGAUGAUUUCAUAUGUGAUGAAGACAAUGACAAUAAGCUGGAUGGUGGUUGUUCCUCAAUUUACACUCAUUUAUAUUCUUUUUUCUGUUGGAUUGCUAGAUGCAUUUACUGA